AGCAGGGCCCAGGCACCGGAUCAGCUGGUCCCAGCGCCGUGCUGGGAGGAACCAGUUUGACCCACGCCCUGUGCUGUUGACAAGCUUGAGCCCCGCCGCAUUGGCCCCCCUCGGCCUCAUGACGCACCCGUGGAGCGGAGCGCUGGGCCCGGGACCCGCUGCCGCGCGCCCCGGAGGAGAGGCAAGGGAAAGCGUCUGGGGCUCAUGGAGCCGAUAGAAAGACGGAUUCUCCCCAGCCCUCCGCGCACACUGGGGCAAAGCGAGCGUGAAGCACUGCCUGGAGUGUGUGUGACACAGGCACCCUUGGAUGCAUCUGCAGUGAGCUGUGGCUCUGCGCAGUCUGCCUUCGAGACCCUAAGGCCUGCAGACGACGAGAUGAAAAGAAGCCCGAAAACAGAGGCCUGCGGCUCCUUGAAAACAUUCCCUGCCAUUGCGGAGCUGGAACUGGGGGACUUGAUUGAGAUCUUCCGCUUCGGAUACCAGCACUGGGUCAUCUAUGUGGGAGACGGCUACGUUGUUCACCUGGCCCCCCCCAGUGAGAUACCUGGGGCAGGCUUUGCCAGCCUGAUGUCCACACUGACCAACAAGGCCUUGGUGAAGAAGGAGCGUCUCCUGGAUGUGGUGGGGAGGCACCGCUAUCGGGUCAACAACAAGCAUGACAGGAAGUUCCCCCCGCUGCCUCCGGGGAAGAUCGUGCGGGCCGCCGAGCAGCUGGUGGGCCAGGAGAUGCUUUACAAAGUCACCAGUGAGAACUGCGAGCACUUCGUCACUGAGCUGAGAUAUGGCGUGGCCAGGAGUGACCAGGUGCGGGACGUCCUGGUGGGGGUGAGCGUCGCUGGGCUGGGACUGGCUGCUCUGGGCCUCCUUGGGGUUGCAGUCCAAAGGAGAAGACGCAAGAACCAGUAACGGACUUCAGUGGAUCGGAGGGGUUUGAGGUUUUUUUGGUGUUUUUUUGAUCCAAGCAGAAGAGACUUUGCAGCCGUUUUGGGGGUGUGGUGGGAACUUCGUAUGUGUUGCUCUGUCCCCUCUUUUGGGUGAACACCUUCCCCACCCCCCCUGCCGGCACCAGCACAAGAAUAAAACCAGGAGAUUGGUACAAAGUCA